AUGAAAGUUGUUUCGACUCUCUAUUAUUUGUUCAUAAUAUUUCAAUUAUUUUCAUGGAAAUCAAAUGCUAAGCAGUGCAAUAAGAACACAAAGUUUGCACCAAAUCAAGUUGUUUAUACAAUCACUGUUUCUCAAUCAAGAAAUGGAGAUUUCAACAAAAUUCAGCAAGCCAUUGAUUCCAUCCCUUCUGGCAAUGAUCGAUGGAUAAGAAUUUAUGUUAAUCCCGGAAGAUAUUGGGAGAAAGUAACAAUACCUUACGACAAGGAAUGCAUAGUGCUGGAAGGGCAUAGCCCUAUCGACACAGCUAUUUUGUAUAAUGGAAAUCAUGAAUUUGAUCGUACUAGCUCCACUUUUAUUUCUUCGGCUGAUAAUUUUGUAGCUAAAAAAAUUAGCUUCAAAAAUGUUUAUAACAAUGAUGAAAAUGGUAAAAUACGACGCAAUAAGAGCAUAAAACCAGCUGUGGCUGCAAGUGUAUAUGGAGAUAAAUCAGCCUUCUAUAAUUGUAUAUUUAUAGGCUAUCAAGACACAUUAUGGGAUGUUUCUGGUCGUCAUUAUUUCAAAUCAUGUCUAAUUAAAGGAGCAGUUGACUUUAUUUGGGGAAAUGGUCAGUCUUACUUUGAGGAUUGUCGUAUAAAUGUGUGUGGAGAUGGAUUUAUAACAGCACAAGGACGGACAUCAGCAGAAGACACAAGUGGAUUUGUGUUCAAUGGAGGUUUUGUUUAUGGAAGUGGUCAAGCUUUCUUAGGAAGAGCUUACAAGCCUUAUUCAAGGGUCAUUUAUCAAAACACACAUUUUUCUCAUGUUGUUCAUCCUUUAGGUUGGGAUAAUUGGAAUGUUGCACUUGAGAACCAAAUCACAUAUGCAGAAGUAAAUUGCAAGGGAGUAGGUGCAAAAAAGGAUGGCCGUGUUCCAUGGGAAAAGACCCUUGAUGAAUCCCAACUAUCUAAGUACACAAGACAAUCAUUUGUUGAUCAAGAAGGUUGGAUCAAUCAACAACCCUAA